CUUAUAAAAAAAUUUCUAAAAUCGGAAAACGACAAAAAAAUUACUAAAAAUAUAAAAGAGUUGCUGUCGGAAAAUCGACCGUACGGACUCCUUCCGUACGGUUGACCAUAAAAUAGCCACACCCCGUCACCACGGCCAUGUCUGCCGUAGUGGCCAAGUGCUACAGCGCUGGCACAUCAAGGGGAAAGAAUGAAGGCACCAAGCAACAACUCCACGAAGAUCUCAAGACGCUUUUGGAGAAAAAGAGUUACUUGGUCUUGAUUGAUGAUGUGUGGUCUGCAAAUAUGCUGGAAAACAUAAUAAACGCACUUCCUGUUAAUGAGGACAGCAGAAUCAUAGUGACGACGCGGUUCCAUUCUGUUGCCACAACGCGAAGGGAAGGCGACAUUCGAAGAGUCACAGGUCUUGAUGACAAGCAAUCCCAGACGUUGUUCGAGCAGGCCUUUGCUGAAUCCAAAGGAAGCAAAGAUGUUACUAUUGUAUGGUCUGAAUUCUCUGCUACAACAGCCAAGACAGAAGACGGUGACGGAAGUGUGCAUUCACCUAGCAGGCAGGGCAGUAAUUCUGUGAACGAAGGAAGCAAAUAUGCCACUGUUCCUAAUGAAGUCUGGAGGAUGUGUGGGGGGCUGCCAUUGGCCAUAGUUACCAUGGCUGGCCAUGUGGCCUGCAACCCGCACAAAUCACUCAAGGUUUGGUCCGACGUUUGCAGCUACCUUUUCCCUGAGUCAGGGCAAGAUCACAGGAAAGAACUUACCCAGGAGGAAGUGGGCAGGAUCAUCAGCUAUUGCUACAAUGAUAUGCCUGCUGAAAUCAAGACAUGCUCCCUGUAUUUGAGCAUAUUCCCCAAGGGUCACAGGAUCAGCAGGAAGCGUCUGACAAGGCGGUGGAUCGCCGAAGGCUUCGUCUGCGAGAAGCAUGGGCUGAGCGUGGAAGAAGUUGCAGAGACAUACUGGAAUAGGGAUGGGGGAGAGGAUGCUCGAUCCGCUGUGGUCAGUCUAAGGAGGAAGAUCAUCCGACCAGUGGAGCACAGCAGCAAUGGCAAGGUGAAGAAAUGCAUUGUUCAUGACAUGGUUCUUGAGCACAUUGUGGCCAAGGCAAGUGAGGAGAACUUCAUCACUGUGGUUGGUGGCAACUGGCUGAUGCAGCCACCUAGCAGCAAGGUCCGUCGGCUGUCCCUCCAGGGCAGUGAUUCCAAGCGUGCCAAGGAUACGGAGAAGAUGAACUUGUCGCAUGUCCGGUCAGUGACCAUGUUUGGAAGUCUGAACAACCAGUUGCCUGCCCAUCUGUUCAAGUAUGGAAUCGUGCAGGUCCUGGAUCUUGAAGGCUGCACCGGUUUCAAAAAGCACCACAUCGUAGAGAUUUGCAGAAUGGUUCUGCUCAAGUAUCUCAGCCUGCGGAGAACCGACACUAAAUGCCUUCCAAACAAGAUCAGAAGGCUUAAGAAUCUUGAGACUCUGGACAUAAGGGAGACGGAUAUUGUUGGGUUGCCUAAUCCCAUAUGCCAGCUUGAACGGCUGGUUAACAUACUUGGUGGUAAUAAACAAACACGGAAGGCAUUGAAGCUUCCUGAAGAGUUGAAGAAGAGAAAGAAGAUGAAGGCUCUGCGCAUACUGUCGGGGAUUGAGAUUUCUGGGGGGUCAGUGGAUCUUCAUCAUUUGACUGAGCUUAGGAAACUUGCAAUCUACAAGCUAAAAACCAUGGGAGGCACUGCAAGUUUCAAGGACUUAAUCUCCUCCAUUGAGUACCUCGGCGGCUACUCUCUGCACACCCUUGUCAUUGAUGAUGAGUCGUCAGAGUUUAUCAAAUCACUAGAUGAUCUGUCGUACCCUCCGAAAUUUCUUAUUGCCCUUGAGUUAUAUGGAAAGAUGGUGAAGCUCCCCAACUGGAUGAAACAACUCAAUGUUCUCAACAAGUUAACCCUCUCAGUAACAGCUCUCCGGACAGAUAACUUGAAGGACCUCAGUAAGCUAGAGGCAUUGUUUUCUCUCACCUUUUCUUUUCGGGCAAAAGAGCAGGAUCGACAGACACUGGCCAUGGUUGCAGAAAACAAGCUGUACUCUAACGGGAAGGUCACAGUCCCAGAGGGAGGAUUCAAGUCUCUUAAGCUAAUGUGCCUCUCUGGUUUUCUCCUGCCAUUACUGAGCUUCUCGAGAGGGGCCAUGCCUGAGCUGGAAAGGCUUGAGCUACGUUACAACAUGCUGGAGGGCCUUUCUGGAGUAGAAAACCUUGCGAAACUCAAGGAGGUGCAUUUCACAUCAGAUGCCAAAGCUGAUGAAGAUACCAUGACCAAAGAUAUAGUAGAAGAGAUGGGGAUUGCACUGAAGAUUAAUGGGAAAAAGUCCAAGAUAAUCGUUCAUCAGUGACAGAAGACGAUCGAAGCCAAACU